AUGAGGAAAUGUUGGACGGGCAAGGAGGCAUGGCUGAGUCAAAUUGGAAUCCUGACUAAAGUAGCCUAUUCUGGGAUUGGUAAUAAUCUGAGAAAGAUUUAGGGAGUCCCAUUGCUUUAGGACUUGGUCAGGUGGUUUAAGCAUGUCCCAGUUUAGGUCACCUAGCAGGACAAAUUCAAACUUAGUGUAAGGGACCAGGAGAGAGCAUAGGGCAGGCAGGGUACAGGCCGGUGCUGAUGGUGGACGAUAACACCCAGCAACAGUCAACAAAGAGCUAUUUGAAAGAACAAGCAAGUUCAUAGUCAACAAAGCACACAGGUGUCAUGAGGCAAAUAGCAUAAAGCACAAGAAAAAAAUAUAACGACUUGGGGCUAGCCAUUGUAAGUUCAGAGUCACUCGCCCCAACUGUGCGUGUGUGCUGGAGGUGAGCGAAAGCUCGGGAGAGAGGGGGGAGUGUGGCGGGGGUACCUGUACCAGACAGGGGGAGACAGGCCAGGUCAGAUGGUGAACAGAUCGCCAGGUGGAAUCCAAGCAGCAGUGCAGCAGGCAACGGGAGUAGGUGUCACACCCACUUGGGAGAAGCUUUUUUAGGGAGGCAGAUUUCUUGUAGAAAAUCCCAGCUAGCUAGCUAACGUAGCUAGCAAGUCUCUGUCCACCGUCCAUGGUCCUUUACGACGUCCAAACAAAGUUGUCCUGUGGCUGUUGUAUUUUGUAGAAUGCGAGGAGGAUAUCUUCUGAUGUGAUCAAAGCAACAAUAUUGUUUCUUAUUGCACAGAUGGAGGGGGCUUCAAAGGCCUCUGCAUUGCUGGGCUCAAGGGCUUUGACACCUCUCACUUCACACCUCAGUGCUAAUUUAAGUUGUUAGCCGGAUCUGUGCUGUCCUAGCAAGCUUGGUAGCCUUAACUUAGCAUUCAGUCCUUAUAAAGUAAAGUAUAUCAUUGUAAUGUAUUUUUCUUCUUGCCUUUAAAAGUGGCUUCAGACUAACGUUACUCACUCAGUUCCAGGUUGGAUGGUGUUUUCAGGUUUCUUGCGCUUCUUUUCCUGGUCAUUCAAAUGUGUUUUUUCUCUGCCAAGAAGUUUCCUUUAGUUUGAAAGUUUGUUUCUUAAAUUGUUGUAAUGCAUUCUUUACAGUCAUGUUUUUUUUUCAUCAUAUUUUAAAUAACUUGUAGAAAAUACACUUUAUGCCACUGUCAUAAAGCAUUAUGACCAUCCUGUGUCACUUUUCUUGGACUAAGAAAAUACACUUUAUGACACUGUCAAUAAGCAUUAUGACCAUCAUAAUUACAUAAGCCAGAUAGGCCUAUCACGUACAUGCCCUUAUGUCAGUCAUCAGUCAAAAAGAGGGUGUCUUGUCCUGCUCCUUAAAUCUGCUCCUCCAUUCAUCCCAGUCAUCAGAAAUAGAGCAUUGGGGUAGGUGCAUGUCUGACAUCAAUGUGUGCGUAAUUACAAUUAUAAUUUUAAUAUGGUUAUAUAACAUAAACAUACUGUUGACAAGUAGGCUAUGGUGUAAUGGAAUGUUUUGCCUUGUGUGGUAGGUUUUGUGGGUUUUGACACUGUUAUGUAGGUGUCAUAACCAGCCAUAAAAUAACGCAAUAUAUGUCACAACAGGUGUAAAUAUAUGUGUCAUGACAGUGUUAUGACCAUAUUAUGACAAGUUAUGUCAGCUGUUAUGCCAUAUUAUGACAUGGUUAUGACCGUGUUAUGAUGCUGGGUGUCAAGUAAAGUGUUACCUAAAAGUUAUUACAAAUAGAAAAGUUAUUACAUUUACAGGUGUUAUUACAUUUACCGUUGUUACAGGGGCUAACAUAAGGACGACUCAGAAUAUGCUAUUCUGUUCUUCUGAAAUAGGCUACAUUUUCUUCAUAUCAUAAUGUUUCUUUAGACCUGCCUAAUGUUAAUUAACGGUCAAUGACCGUGAGACCGGCAGUUAUUUGACAGUUACCGGCUGACAAAAUGUCAUGACCCCCACAGCCGUAGUUGUGGUGUGUGUGAGUGUGUGUGUGUCUUUGUGGAGGAGGGGGUGGGUUAUUGUGUGUGUGUGCAUGCAUGCUGGUGAGCCUCUCUCUCUCUCUCUCCUCUCUCUCUCUCUCUCCUCUCGCUCUCUCUCUCUCUCUCUCUUCUUCUCUCAUCCUCUCUCUCAUCCGUCUCAUCUCUCUGCUGACAUCUCUCUCCUCUCUCCUCUCAUCUCCCUCUCUCUCUCUCUCAGAUGAGUUUGUGAUAUCUCCAGUGGAGGGAGAGCUGCGUGUGAGGAGAGACGUGGAGCUGGACAGAGAGACCACACCCUUCUACAACAUCACUGUCAUGGCCAAAGACCUGGGCAACCCACCACGCAGCAGCAUGGUGUGUUCGCACAGAUAUGCACUGAUCCUGCUAACAUGCUCAGACACUUCAAUGAACACAACACACACACACACACACACACACACACUCACACACUCACACACUAAGACCAAGUACCACCCUGUAUUGUGUCUCCUCGAUCUCCCAGGUGGUGGUGGGUGUUCAGGUUCUGGACAUCAAUGACAACGACCCCGUGCUGCUCAACCUGCCCCACAACACCAGUGUGAGCGAGGGGGCGUCCGUCCACACCUCGGUGGCCAGGGUCAGAGCGCGGGAUGUGGACAGUGGACGCAACGCCCUGCUCACCUACAACAUCACCGCCGGAAACCGCGACGGAGCCUUCUACAUCAAUGACACUGUGAGAGGGAGGGAAAGGAGGGGAUGGGAGGCGGACAGAAGGUGUGAGGGAAGAAAAGGAGAGGGAGAGAGGGCGAGAAGGUUAGGAAAAGGAUAGUGGAUAAAGGAAGAAGGGUUACGGAGAGGGAGUAAAGGGGUAGAACAGAUAGAGAGGAGAGGUAGAAAAAUGUAGACAGAGAAAUAGAUAGAAAGUCAUAGAGAGGCAUUGAAAAGGGAAGGAUAUACUGGCGUAAUUGAUGAGUCAUGUCUAUCAUCCUUCUUGUUCUCUCUCUCUCUCUCUCUCUCUCUCUCUCUCUCUCUCUCUCUCUCUCUCUCUCUCUCUCUCUCUCUCUCUCUCUCUCUCUCUCUCUCCCCUCUCUCUGUCUCUCUAUCUCUUGCUCUAUCUCAGACAGGGGUGGUGCAGGUGAACAGGCCUCUGGACAGAGAGAGGGUGGCGGAGUACACACUGGCCAUCACGGUCAAAGACAACCCUGAGAACCCCCGCAUCGCUCGCCGGGUACUGCCACACACACACACAUGCACACACACACACACAUAACCCCCUCUCAGGCCAUAUGCUAUUUACUGGCAAAGUCAAGCCACUGCUUCCUCAGCUGUAAGCUACCAAAACUCUGCAAAACCAUACACUGAUCUUAUCAUUGAUUACCUACAGUGCCUAGUGAAAGUCUACACACCUCUUGCACAGUCUUUAUAAUUAAAUAUAAAAACGGAUUCAAUUCUAUUUUGUUCCUACCGAUCUACUGUACAUAAUCUACUGAACAUUUUCAAAGUGAAAAAAUUAUAGAACAUUUUCCAAAUUAAUAAAAAAAAUUAAAACAGUUAAAAUGUAAUGAUUGCGUAUGUCUUUACACCCCAGAGUAAGUACUUGGUGGAAGCAACUUUGGCAGCCAUUACAGCAGUGAAUCAGUGAAUCAUUUUGAAUAAGAUUCUAACAAAUUGCAACACUUAUGGCAACAUACAUAUAUCCAUUGUUUUUGAAAAAUUGCUCAAGCUCAGUAAAUUUGAUUGGGAGUCAUUGAUGGACAGCAAUAUUCAAACCCUGUCUCAGAUUUUUAAGCAAAUAUACAGUGCAUUCGGAAAGUAUUCAGACCCCUUGACUUUUUUCCACAUUUUGUUACAUUACAGCCUUAUUUUUCACUUCCGUUUUGAGCGCGUCACUUGUCUCCGUGCUACGCUGUUUGGCUAACUGCCAAACCUGGCGGUUUUUACUUUUUCUUUUACCGUUUAAACUAUCUUCAUUUAUCAAAUUUUACCAACGUCUUAGUUAUUUUUAUAUUUUUUACUCGCUCAACUUUUUUCAUUCAACUUUUUCACCCCGGACGCUUUAUCUUGACACGGUUCUACAGGACCUCCACCAGCCGAAGCUAAGUAGUAACAUUAACACUAUGCCAUCUAAUUGCAGUCGCUGUACUCAUAAUAUACAGGAGAACUAUCGCCUUCUGGUGAGGAUAGCCGUGCUGCAAGCACAGCUUCAGACGCAAUAGUUAGGCAAGGGCAAUGUAAGUGUAGGAAAGGAUGAAACAGCGUCUGUGCCACCAGUAAGUACAGAUAGUAGUAUAAAUCCCCUCGCACAGUCCCCGCGGCCGGACAAUUUUCUCAAGGCUUCUGGAAAGAAAUGCUGUCGGCAUGCUCAACCGGUGUCGCUCAUUCAGCCGACAGAAACGUUCAACCGGUUCUCCCCAUUAAUCAACGAGUCGGAGUCAGAGGCCGAGCCUUCUCAAGUCUCUUCUCCACCCGUUACGGGGUCUGAGCCACUGAAGCCUACCACAAUUAGCUCUGAAAACCCUAGUCAUUGGUGACUCCAUUACACGCAAUAUUAGACUUAAAAAUAAUCAUCCAGCGAUCAUACACUGUUUACCAGGGGGCAGGGCUACUGACGUAAAGGCUAACUGGCGAGUGUAGAGAGUAUAGGGAUAUUGUUAUCCACGUCGGCACCAAUGAUGUUAGGAUGAAACAGUCAGAGGUCACCAAGAGCAACAUAGCUUCAGCGUGUAAAUUAGCUAGAAAAAUGUGUCGGCAUCGAGUAAUUGUCUCUGCCCCCUCCCAGUUAGGGCGUCUGAUGAGCUCUACAGCAGAGUCUCACAACUCAAUCGCUGGUUGAAAACUGUUUUCUGCCCCUCCCAAAAGAUAGAAUUCGUAGAUAAUUGGCCCUCUUUCUGGGACUCACCCACAAACAGGACCAAGCCUGGCCUGCCUACUCAAUCACUUUUUAUACCUACUGUUUACAGGCCUCCUGGGCCGUAUAAAGAGUUCCUCACUGAGUUCCCUGAAUUCCUAUCGGACCUUGUAGUCAUGGCAGAUAAUAUAAAUAAAUUUGACUGUAAUAUUCACAUGGAAAAGUCCACAGACCCACUCAAAAAGGCUUUCGGAGCCAUCAUCGACUCAGUGGGUUUUGUCCAACAUGUCUCCGGACCUACUCAUUGCCACAGUCAUACCCUGGAUCUAGUUUUGUCCGGUGGAAUAAAUAUUGUGGAUCUAAAUGUUUUUCCUCAUAACCCUGGACUAUCGGACCACCAAAGAUUCCUAGAGGCCCUUCCAGACUCCCUCCACUUACUCAAGGACGUUGGAGUACAAAAAUCAGUUAACGACCUAACUGAGGAUCUAAAUUUAACCUUGUGUAAUACCCUAGAUGCAGUCGCACCCCUAAAAACAAAAAACAUUUGUCACAAGAAACUAGCUCCCUGGAAUACAGAAAAUACCCAAGCCCUGAAGCAAGCCUCCAGAAAAUUGGAACGGAAAUAGCGCUCCACCAAACUGGAAGUCUUCCUACUAACUUGGAAAGAAAGUACAGAGCAGUAUCGAAGAGCCCUCUUUGCUGCUCGAUCAUCCUAUUUUUCCAACCUAAUUGUGGAGAAUAAGAACAAUCCAACAUUUCUAUUUGAUACUGUCGCAAAGCUAACUAAAAAGCAGCAUUCCCCAAGAGAGGAUGCCUUUCACUUCAGCAGUGAUUCAUGAACUUCUUCGACGAAAAGAUAAUGAUCAUUAGAAAGCAAAUUACAGAAUCUGCGUAUUUCUCCAAAGUUCAGCUGUCCUGAGUCUGCACAAAACUGCCAGGACCUAGGAUCAAUGGAGACACUCAAGUUUUUUAAUCCUAUAUCUCUUGACACAUUCAUGAAAAUAGUAAUGGCCUCUAAACCUUCAAGCUGCAUACUGGACCGUAUUCCAACUAAACUACUGAAAGAGCUACUUCCUGUGCUUGGCCCUCCUAUGUUGAACAAAAUAAAUGGCUCCCUAUCCACUGGAUGUGUACCAAACUCACUAAAAGUGGCAGUAAUAAAGCCUCUCUUGAAAAAGCCUAACCUUGACCCAGAAAAUGUAAAAAACUAUCAGCCUAUAUCGAAUCUCCCAUUCCUCUCAAAACUUUUAGAAAAAGCUUUUGUGCAGCAAAUCACUACCUUCCUAAAAAAUGUAUACAAAAUGCUUCAGUCUGGUUUUAGAUCCCAUCAUAGCACUGAGACCGCACUCGUGAAGGUGGUAAAUGACCUUUAAUGGCGUCAGACCAAGGCUCUGCAUCUGUCCUCGUGCUCCUAGACCUUAGUACUGCUUUUGACACCAUCGAUCACCACAUUCUUUUUGAGAGAUUGAAAACCUUAAUUGGUCUACACGGACAAGUUCUUGCCUGGUUUAGAACUUAUCUGUCGGAAAGAUGUCAGUUUGUCUAUGUGGAUGGUUUGUCCUCUGACAAAGAAAUUGUAUGUUUCGGUGUUCCUCAAGGUUCCAUUUUAGGACCACUAUUGUUUUCACUAUAUGCAGUUGAAGUCGGAAAUUUACAUACACUUAGGUUGGAGUCAUUAAAACUCGUUUUUCAACCACUCCACACAUUUCUUGUUAACAAACUAUAGCUUUGGCAAGUCGGUUAGGACAUCUACUUUGUGCAGGACACAAGUAAUUUUUCCAACAAUUGUUUACAGACAGAUUAUUUCACUUAUAAUUCACUGUAUCACAAUUCCAGUGGGUCAGAAAUGUACAUACACUAUCUUGACGGUGCCAUUUAACAGCUUGGAAAAUUCCAGAAAAUGAUGUCAUGGCUUUAGAAGCUUCUGAUAGGCUAAUUGACAUAAUUUGAGUCAAUUGGAGGUGUACCUGUGGAUGUAUUUCAAGGCCUUCCUUUAAACUCAGUGCCACUUUGCUUGACAUCAUGGGAAAAUGAAAAGAAAUCAGCCAAGACCUCAGAAAAAAAUUGUAGACCUCCACAAGUCUGGUUCAUCCUUGGGAGCAAUUUCCAAACGCCUGAAGGUACCACGUUCAUCUGUACAAACAAUAGUAUGCAAGUAUAAACACCAUGGGACCACGCAGCCGUCAUACCGCUCAGGAAGGAGACGACUUCUGUCUCCUAGAGAUGAACGUACUUUGGUGUGAAAAGUGCAAAUCAAUCCCAGAACAACAGCAAAGGACCUUGUGAAGAUGCUGGAGGAAACAGGUACAAAAGUAUCUAUAUCCACAGUAAAAUGAGUCCUAUAUCGAUAUAAUCUGAAAGGCCGCUCAGCAAGGAAGAAGCCACUGCUCCAAAACCGUCAUAGAAAAGCCAGACUACGGUUUGCAACUGCACAUGGGGACAAAGAUUGUACUUUUUGGAGAAAUGUUCUCUGGUCUGAUGAAACAAAAAUUGAACUGUUUGGCCAUAAUGACCAUCGUUAUGUUUGGAGAAAAAUGGGGGUGGCUUGCAAGCCGAAGAACACCAUCCCAACCAUGAAGCACGGUGGUGGCAGCAUCAUGCUGUGGGGGUGCUUUGCUGCAGGAGGUGACUGAUGCACUUCACAAAAUAGAUGGCAUCAUGAGGAAGGAAAAUGAUGUGGAUAUAUUGAAGCAACAUCUCAAGACAUUAGUCAGGAAGUUAAAGCUUGGUCGCAAAUGGGUCUUCCAAAUGAACAAUGACCCCAAGCAUACUUCCACAGUUGUGGAAAAAUGGCUUAAGGACAACAAAGUCAAGGUAUUGGAGUGGCCAUCACAAAGCCCUGACCUCAAUCCUAAAGGAAAUGUGUGGGCAGAACUGAAAAAGCGUGUGCGAGCAAGGAGGCCUACAAACCUGACUCAGUUACACCAGCUCUGUCAGGAGGAAUGGGCCAAAAUUCACCCAACUUAUUGUGGGAAGCUUGUGGAAGGCUACCCGAAACGUUUGACCCAAGUUAAACAAUUUAAAGGCAAUGGUACCAAAUACUAAUUGAGUGUAUGUAAACUUCUGGCCCACUGGGAAUGUGAUGAAAGAAAUACAAUUUGAAAUAAAUAAUUAUCUCUACUAUUAUUCUGACAUUUCACAUUCUUAAAAUAAAGUGGUGAUCCUAACUGACCUAAGACAGAGGAAUUUUUACUAGGAUUAAAUGUCAGGAAUUGUGAAAAACUGAGUUUAAAUGUAUUAGGCUAAGGUGUAGGUAAACUUCCGACUUCAACUGUACCUACACGUACGCUACGGUCACAAGACGCAGGCCUCCUUAUUGUCCCUAGAAUUUCUAAGCAAACAGCUGGAGGCAGGGCUUUCUCCUAUAGAGCUCAAUUUUUAUGGAAUGGUCUGCUUAUCCAUGUGAGAGACGCAGACUCGGUCUCGACCUUUAAGUCUUUACUGAAGACUCAUCCCUUCAGUAGGUCCUAUGAUUGAGUGUAGUCUGGCCCAGGGUGCGAAGGUGAACGGAAAGGCACUGGAGCGACAAACCGCCCUUGAGGUCUCUGCCUGGCCGGUUCCUGCCUCUCCAUUGGGAUUCUCUGCCUCUGACCCUAUUGCGGGGGCUGAGUCACUGGCUUACUGGUGCUUUCCUUGCCGUCCCUAGGAGGGGUGCAUCACUUGAGUGGGUUGAGUUAUUGACAUGAUCUUCCUGUCCGGUUUGUCGCUCUCUCGGGCUCGUGCAGUGGAGGAGAUCUUCGUGGGCUAUACUCAGCCUUAUUUCAGGGUAGUAGGUUGGUGGUCUGUUGAUAUCCCUCUUGUGGUGUGGGGGCUGUGCUUUGGCAAAGUGGGUGGGGUUAUAUCCUGCCUGGUUGGCUCUGUCUGGGGGUAUCGUCGGACGGGGCAACAGUGUCUCCCGACACCCCCUGUCUCAGCCUCCAGUAUCUAUGCUGCAAUAGUCUAUGUGCCGGGGCGCUAGGGUCAGCCUGUUAUAUCUGGUGUUAUUCUCCUGUCUUAUCUGGUGUCCUGUGUGAAUUUAAGUAUGCUCCCUCUAAUUCUCUCUCUCUCCCUCUCUCCCUCCCCUCCCGGAGGACCUGAGCCGUAGGACCAUGCCUCAGGACUACCUGGCCUGAUGACUCCUUGCUGUCCAGAGUCCACCUGGUCGUGCUGCUGCUCCAGUUUUCAUUCUUCUGCCUGCGGCUGUGGAACCCUGACCUGUUCACCGGACGUGCUACCUUGUCCCAGACCUGCUGUUUUCAACUCUCUCUCUCUACCGCACCUGCUAUUUUAACCUCUAAAUUCCCAGCUAUGAAAAGCCAAGUGACGUUUACUCCUGAUGAACUGACCUGUUGCGACCUCUACAACCACUGUGAUUAUUAUUUGACCCUGCUGGUCAUCUAUGAACGUUUGAACAUCUUGGAGAAAUAUCUGGCCUUAAUGGCCAUGUACUGUCAUAAUCUCCACCCGGCACAGCCAGAACGGGACUGGCCACCCCUCAGGACCUGGUUCCUCUCUAGGUUUCUUCCUAGGUUUCUGCCUUUCUAGGGAGUUUUUCCUGGCCACCGUGCUUCUACAUCUGCAUUGCUUGCUGUUUGGGGUUUUAGGCUGGGUUUCUGUAUAGCACUUUGUGACAUCUGCUGAUGUAAAAAGGGCUUUAUAAAUACAAUUUGAAAUUAAAUUAUUUUUUUCCCCUCAUCAAUCUACACACAAUACCCCAUAAUGACAAAGCGAAAACAAGUUUUUAGACAUUUUUGCAAAUGUAUUAAAAAUAAAAACAAAUAACAAAUACCUUAUUUACAUAAGUAUUCAGACCCUUUGCUAUGAGACUCGAAAUUGAGCUCAGGUGCAUCCUGUUUCCAUUGAUCAUCCUUGAGAUGUUUCUACAACUUGAUUGGACUCCACCUGUGGUAAAUGAAAUUGAUUGAAAAUGAUUUGGAGCUCCAGAGUUCAUCUGGGGAGAUGGGAGAACUUUCCAGAAGGACAACCAUCUCUGCAGCACUCCACCAAUCAGGCCUUUAUGGUAGAGUGGCCAGACAGAAGCCACUCCUCAGUAAAAGGCAUAUGACAGCCCGCUUGGAGUUUGCCAAAAGGCACCUAAAGGACUCUCAGACCAGAGAAACAAGAUUCUCUGGUCUGAUGAAACUAAGAUUGAACUCUUUGGCCUGAAUGCCAAGCGUCAAGUCUGGAGGAAACCAGACACAGCUCAUCACCUGGCCAAUACCAUCCCUACGUUGAAGCAUGGUGGUGGCAGCAUCAUGCUGUGGGGAUGUGUUUCAGUUGCAGGGACUGGGAGACUAGUCAGGAUCAAGGGAAAGAUGAACAGAGCAAAUUACAGAGAGAUCCUUUAUGAAAACCUGCUCCAGAGCGCUCAGGACCUCAGACUGGGGCGAAGGUUCACCUUCCAACAGGACAACGACCCUAAGCACACAGCCAAGACAACGCAGGAGUGGCUUCGGGAGAAGUCUCUGAAUGUCCUUGAGAGGCCCAGCCAGAGUCCAGACUUGAACCCGAUCUAACAUCUCUGGAGAGACCUGAAAAUAGCUGUGCAGCGACGCUCCCCAUCCAACCUGACAGAGCUUGAGCGGAUCUGCAGAGAAGAAUGGGACUCCCCAAACUCCCCAAAUACAGGUGUGCCAAGCUUGUAGUGUCAUACCCAAGAAGACUCGAGGCUGUAAUCUCUGCCGAAGGUGCUUCAACAAAGUACUGAGUAAAGGGUCUGAAUACGUAAAUGUGAUAUUUUUAAUAAAUUAGCUAACAUUUCUAAAAACCUGUUUUUGCUUAAUGGGGUAUUGUGUGUAGAUUGAUGAGGAAUAAAAACAAUUUAAUCCAUUUAAGAAUAAGGCUGUAAUGUAAUAAAUUUGGAAAAGUGAAUGGGUCUGAAUACUUCCCGAAUGCACUGUAAGUAAGGACUGAGACUAGACCACUCAGGAAUCACUUAAUACCUAAUGGAAAGCCAUUCUGGUGUGUCUUUGGCAUUAACAUUUGAGUAAAUGUCCAGCAGAAACAUACAACUCUAUCCCAGGGUUUUCCUAUAAUUCUUUAACUCUGCUUUGGUCCAUUCAUAUUUAUUUUGAUCCUGACAAAUUCCCCAGUCUCUGCUGUUGAUAAGCAUAGCCAUAACAUGAUGCUGCCACCACAAUACUUGAAAAUACAGAGGGUUUCACUCCGUGUUGUGUUGUAUUGGAUUUGACCCAAACCUGUAGUUUUUAGAUUAGGCCAAAAAGUGAAUUUCUUUGCCGUGUUGUCUUGCAGUAUUACUAAACGACCUUCUUGCAAACAAUGCGGAGUGAAUGCAAUGUUGUUGAUCCUCUGUAUUUUCAAGUAUGGAUUUUUUUUAUAUCGCCAAGCUCUACAUAGACACCAUUAUUCAAUGACACUUGACCUUCAAAUAUUGUAUGAAAUUACAGCUAUUUGCUUUUUUAUUGAGAACAUUUCUCACCUUCUUCUCUUCCCUCCCUUCUUCCCUUCCCCAUCCACCCCAUCCCUCCUACCCCAAUCCGUCUCUCUCUCUCUCUCCCUCCCUCCAACCCUCUCUCCAGGACUCAGAACUGCUGGUGAUCACAGUUCUGGAUGAGAAUGACAACAGGCCCAUAUUCACACAGACCAGCUACCAGGCUGAGAUCACUGAGAACUCCCCCGCAGGUACCAACCUCACUGGUGUGUUUGUAUGUCUGUCUGUGUGACUGUUUGUUUAAAUUGAUAAUGUAUAAUUCCUCUGCUACCUCUAUCCCUACCCUGGCACCCACUACCUAUUUCGCUAUUCCUCUCUUUAUCUCUGCUUUCCUCUAUGCUUCCAUCACUCAUGUUUCUCUCUCUUCCCACUCUCUCCCCAAUCUCAAUCUUUCCCUCUUUCAUCAAUCUUUCUUGCUUUUCCCUCUUCAAUUAUUGUAUUUAACUGUCCUCUCCCCUUUUGCCAUCCCACACAUCUUCCUUUCUCCAUCUCCCCCUCUAUAUUCCUCCAUCCUUCUCCGUCUCUCAGGCAGUGCUGUGUUAGUGUUGAAUGGACCAGUGUUGGCUGAGGACAAAGACAUUGGGCCCAACGCUGUGGUCAGGUACCGUCUGCUGGGAACAAGACUGGACCUCUUCACUGUGGACUCUGAUACAGGUCUGACACACACAUGCACAUGCACGCACGCACGCACACACACACACACACACACACACACACACACACACACACACACACACACACACACACACACACACACACACACACACACACACACACACAUAAUGAUCACUCAAUUACACAACUCUAAUACAUGCACACUCAAACACAUACACACACUCUCACUCACAACCCUACACACAUGCAAUGAAUUAUAACAACUUUGAAGUCAGCACCAAUGAACCCAAUGCCUGUACCUCUCCCUUGUUCCCCCCUGCAGGAGUGGUGUGUGUGCGACAGGUGGCGCUGUUGGACCGUGAGACGUUUGUGGAGCCGUGGGUGGAACUGUUCCUGGUGGGGGAGGAUGUGUGGGGGCUCAACAGCAGUGUGCCCCUCACUGUGACCAUCCUGGAUCAGAACGACAACCCUCCUGUCUUCAACCCCCCCAGCCUAACUGUGCACCUUCCUGAGAACAGCCCCACUGGUGAGUGUGUGUUGGUGUGGAUGGGUGUGUGUGUGUGACUCCAUGCAUGCAUUCAUGUGUGUGUAUGUACGUGCAUGCAUGUGUAUGUGUAUGUAUGUGCAUCAUCCCAAGCCACAAAUACAUGCACAAAUACAUCCAUUACUUAUUUUGUUAAAUAAAUGAUAUAUACCCAUUGAUUCUUGAAGAAUAUAACUUAUAAAUGCCUCAGGCUUAGUUCAACUGUCGUACCCCAUCAGAACCCCAAAUCUAAUCUUGUUUUACUUGAUUGUUUGUAAACAAUGUAAUUGUAAACAAACACUGUAUAGCCACAAACUAUAACUUUUAUAUCAUGGAUGGUCAGUCUUUGCAUCCAUAGCACUGUCUAUGAAUUUGAGAGUGGUUACAUUUUUCCAGCCCAAUCCCUCAGCUGUGUACCAAAACAGUGGCGGAGUGACAGCGUUUUAUUGUUUGAACGGCAGAUUGCCCCUUUAAGCCUAGUCCUGGACAGAAAUUCUCCAUUAAACAUAAUUUUUUGUCCAGGACUAGGCUUAAUCUAUGUCUGGGAAACCUGCCCCUUGUGUUCUAUCCUAACCCCUGUGUCCUCUCUCUCUGUUUUAGGUGUGGUGGUGACACAGCUGUCUGCCAGUGACGCUGAUUCGGGCUCUAACGCCUGGCUGCUGUACCGGCUGGAGAGUGGCGCCCAGGACCGCUUCAUAGUCGACUCCCUGUCUGGCGCCGUUCUGGUGGGCAACGUCAUCCUCGACCGUGAGGAGCGCGGCUCCUACCGCCUGGUCAUCUUGGCUACCGACCGCGGCACGCCCUCGUUGUCGGGCACUGGCACCCUGUCGGUCAUCCUGGAUGAUGUCAAUGACUCGCGACCGCGUUUCAUUGAACCCGUGACGACUAUUAACGUAAACGAGUCUACGCCGCCAGGCGUGGUGGUGGCUACGCUUGCCGCCGAGGAUUAUGACCUACGACCCCGGCUGGAAUAUUACAUAAUCUCUGUGGAGGCCAAGGAUGAUGGGAAUAACCCUGUAGAUGGGCUGCAAGAGUCGUUCGGCAUCGAUUUCCACACGGGUUAGUAGUCAACAGACACAAUAGAUCAUGAUUAGCAUUGCAUCUUUACUCAGAUUCUGUGGAUGUUGUGAAAACAUGUGUAUGCAGUAUAAGUAAGUGUGUGUGUAUGUGCGUGCGUGUGUCUCUGUGUGUCUCUGUGUGUCUGUCUGUGCGUGUGUGCGUACAUGUGCAUGUGCAUACAUGUGCACGUGCCUGUUUGUGUGUGUUAAAUGUGUGUGUAUGUGUGUGUGCGUGUGUGUGUGUGCGUGCGUGUGUGUGUUCCCACAGGUGCUGUGUUUGUGCGUAACCCACUCAACAGAGAGCUGGUGGCCACAUUUGAGAUCCUCGUGUCGGUGCAUGACAACGCUAGUGAUGUCAUCGACAUGUCAGUCAGCGUACCUAAUGGUCAGGCUUCAUCUAAAAUCACCCUACUUUUGUUUGUUAUUUUAUCACCUUUUUGUGGCCCCAUAUGUCCCUCAAGAUUCAACAAUUUGUUAAACCAACAGAAGUUGAUAGGAAUUGA